CCUUCGCGGAUUACAUCCUGAUGGAGCCCAGCGAGGAGUACGCUCCCAUCUUCGCCCUCAUGCAGGAGAAGAUCUACAUGAGCAAAAUCGUCGUCGAGUUCCUGCAGAACAACCGCGACGUCAGCUACGAGGACCUGCUCAAUAAGAUAGAGACCACCGUACCUCCCGCGGGGCUGAACUUCAACCGCUUCACAGAGGAUUCGCUCCUGCGGCAUGCCCAGUUCGUGGUGGAGCAGGUGGAAAGCUACGACGAAGCCGGCGACAGCGACGAACCCCCCGUCCUCAUCACGCCCUGCAUGAGGGACUUGAUCAAACUGGCUGGGGUCACCCUGGGCAAGAGGCGAGCUGUCCGGCGGCAAGCCAUCCGGCACCCUACCAAAAUAGACAAGGACAAGGGUCCCACCAAAGCCACCACCACCAAGCUGGUGUACCUCAUCUUCGACACCUUCUUCUCGGAGCAGAUCGAGAAGGACGAGAAGGAAGACGACAAGGAGAACGCCAUGAAACGCCGGCGCUGCGGCGUCUGCGAGGUCUGCCAGCAGCCGGAGUGCGGGAAGUGCAAGGCUUGCCAGAACAUGGUGAAGUUCGGGGGCAGCGGACGGAGCAAGCAGGCUUGUUUGCAGCGGAGGUGUCCCAACCUGGCCGUGCGGGAAGCGGAUGAGGAUGAGGAGGUGGAUGACAACAUCCCCGAGAUGCCGUCGCCCAAGAAGAUGCUGCAGGGCAGGAAGAAGAAGCAGAACAAGAGCCGGAUCUCCUGGGUGGGCGAACCCAUCAAGGUGAGGCCCAAUCGUUCUCCCCGCUCGGCUGUGCUGCUCCCUGGGGAUUCUCCGCCUCUGGCAGGGCAGCUCAGCCCUUUCCUGCUGCCACAUAACCCUGGCUCCUUCCCCCUCAGGGUGACAGCCAUGUGGGAGGACAGCAGUGGCCAGAUGUUCCACGCACACUGGUUCUGCCCCGGCUCGGACACCGUCCUGGGAGCCACCUCCGACCCUCUGGAGCUCUUCUUGGUGGAUGAGUGUGAGGAUAUGCAGCUCUCCUACAUCCACGGCAAAGUCAAAGUGAUCUACAAGGCGCCCUCGGAGAACUGGUCCAUGGAGGGUGGGCUGGAUAUGGAGAUCAAGAUGGUGGAAGACGACGGGAGAACUUACUUCUACCAGAUGUGGUACGACCAGGAAUACGCUCGUUUCGAAUCUCCCCCGAAAACACAACCCACGGAAGACAACAAAUACAAGUUCUGCAUGAGCUGCACGCGCUUGGAUGAGGUCAGGCAGAAGGAGAUACCCAAAGUGGCUGAGCUUCUGGAGGAAGGGGACGGGAAGAUGUUCUACGCCAUGGCAACCAAGAACGGGGUGCAGUACAGGGUGGGAGACGGCGUCUACCUCCUGCCGGAAGCCUUUUCCUUCAGUAUGAAACACGCCAGCCCGGCCAAGCGCCCCAAGAAGGAGGCGGUGGAUGAGGAGCUGCACCCGGAGCACUACCGGAAGUACUCGGAAUACAUCAAGGGCAGCAACCUGGACGCCCCCGACCCUUACCGCGUGGGCCGCAUCAAAGAGAUCUUCUGCAACAUCCGCAGCAACGGCAAACCCAACGAGGCCGACAUCAAGCUGCGCAUCUGCAAGUUUUACAGACCCGAGAACACGCACAAAUCCAUGAAAGCCAGUUACCAUGCCGACAUCAACCUCCUGUACUGGAGCGACGAGGAGACGACAGUCGACUUCUGCGCCGUGCAGGGCCGAUGCACGGUGGUGUACGGGGAGGACCUGACGGAGAGCAUCCAGGACUACUCUGCCGGCGGGCUUGACCGCUUCUACUUCUUGGAG